AUAAGUAAUUACUUUGCUGCAACCGAUAAAAAAAGUAUGUUCUACUAUGAAUCAAUGUGUAUAGUAAGACUUACUACAAUCGCCAUGUUACCCUUAUCAUGUGACCUACCAGCGUCAGUUGCAUUGCUUCACUGCCACUCACAAAUCCUCCCCAGUGGCCUCAUGGGAUAGUAAAGUGUCCACUGUAUGCACACUUCAGAAUCUCGCCAGAAGAAGUAGGUCAUCCUACUGAGAAUUUGGACAUACUUAUUUUGUGUCAUAUUGUUUUUCGCCUACUAGUAGGGAAGUAUGCAAUUUCGGAUGCUGCCCGAGUUUCCUCAGUUCAUUCCGUUUGUUCAGACUCAAACAGCGACUCAAAAAAGAGAGAGUUUGAUCUGAGUUGGUUGAUAUGAUUUGUUCACUUAAAAGAUUUGUUAAUGAACGAAACACCUCUACUUUACUACUUCUUCGGUGGAACAUAAAACAAAACAAUUGACCAUUGACUUUUUUCUAAUGUGAAUGCAUGACUGAGGCUAUUAUUAUACCUAACACCCCGUUUGUGUUCAACGCAAUAAAGUAAGUAAUUUUAGCUUUGAUGGUGUGUAAAAUAUGACCGAUUUUUAUUUUGGGGGAACUAUCCCUUUAAGAACCACCCAGUGGAAAAGAAACCGUCAUAGGUGGUCAUCGCAUGUUCGUUAUUGGGGACUCCAGAUCCCAGGAGACACUGCGAUUGAGUUCCAGCUCCACCGUUGCCAUAGUUACACUGGCUGUCCAAGUGCCUAACAGCACAACGCAGCCAAGUUUGCGAAGGAAGGUGUCUAAGCUAUCAACGUUUCUGAAGCAGGCAUUAGAGCUGGUCUACGGUGAGCGAUGGAGGGAUGUGUGGUCCGUCACCACAGUGUUCAUUUCAUGGAUAAGGAAUGAGGAUGUUCUUCGGGCUGUGGUGGCUUUGUUGGACACAUCCUUGCCUGAUGUCGGCCCCAGAGAUGUGCACGAAACAGUGCACUACCCUGGGAUACGUACUAUUAUUUUAUCACGGGACCAUGCAGAUGUUUUAGAGGACUAUAGGGGCAGGACUUCCAGAAACAAGAGGACAAAUGUGAGCCCGGUGCCCUGUAAAACAACAGACAGACCCAAUUCCACACACAAGCUGCUCGCUGAGCUAUACAGCGACUCUGAAGAGGAUCCAGAGGAAACCUCAGAGGAGACGCCAGAAGUGGGGACAAGUAACAGAUGGUCUUGGGAGCAAUUCUGUGACGGCCUACAGGAGUUUGUGGAAGGAGCGAGGGAUAGGAAAGAAAGAAGAGCAGUACUAGGAGAAGACGGAAAGAUCCCGUCAUCCGCCGUAGGAGUUGAAUCUCUGAUCGUGGCUGCUGCCUGCUAUGAAGUCAAGCUACUGUCUACAGGAGAAACGGUGCUUCAGCUGUCUCUUUUGGCUGUUAGGAAACGCUACUGGCGCCUUGGGAUUGGCAGCUACAUCAUGGAGCUGCUGAAGACUCAGUCUGUAGUAGGACAAUAUGAUGCACUUGUUGCUCACGUUGACACAGAUGCAAUAGGUUUCUUCAAACGACACGAGUUCACAGAUGACCUCCUCCUCAAUGACAAGUUCAAAGAGCUGAAAGAUGACUGGACCAACAGUAUUCUCAUGAGCUACCUGCCACCUUUUACUACAGACCUAGAGAUGAGAAAUCCUGUUUUCUCCCUGAGUUUACGAGAGUUGGAGACGGACAUGGAUAUGGCAAGGUUACAGGCUCUCUAUGCAUAUCAGCAACAGGUGGUAUGUGUCACCAGGCUACUCAAAGAAGUCAAGACCUUACGUGAACAGCUAGGUCUACAACGUGAGGAAGUGGACCGUCUCAACUCCAAACUAGAACUCGAAAAACGAAAGAGGCAUGAUGUAGAAAACAGGUUCUUGAUGUACAGGCUGAAGAAUGCACAAAAACUGUUAGGCAGCAAUGACUCAGACUCAGUAGGAAGAGAUGAUCGGUUCACGAGCCACUUGAACUGAGGCGGUACAGCAAUCUGUCAGGACACAUUAAAGAGCCACAAAAUGGUAUUUAUUGUUUAAAUUUCUUUAAAAAUUUGAAAUUUGAGACUUUGUUUCAUAUCAAAAGUAACCUGCUCUGUCUUGUCUGUAGACACGUUGUAAGUGUCCUCUUUGCUCUGCGAUGUAUUUUUCACUGCGUGAGAACAUGAUGUGUGGCGAGAGAUUGGCAUGGCUUGUCGGACAUAGCAACGGUAACUAAAGGGGGCGGGUCUUUGCGAAUGGUCAAUUGUAGGUUGUUUAUGAAAAGCAACAAGUCACAAGUGUGUGAACAUCAGCUGUUUUACAACACAUUUGAACGUGCCUCAUCCAAUAAAAAUGCUUUUUGUCUCAUAGCUAAAGCUAAAGUUGAGUUGUAAGGAACAACAUGCAACAUAAAGUGUUUUGAACAUAUUGGAUUGUCUA